AUGGGUUCCCGCCAACGCAGAGAUUUGGUCGUAAGACGGAGACGGGUUGAAGACGAGGCUGAUGAGGAAGGAGCUCAAGAUAUUGCUGAAUUGGAUGACGACUCCUUAUCAGAGGGCUCGAUAAUCAGUGACGAAGAAGAUGCACACGAGGGAGACGAACCUAUCGAUGGCGGCACUGUGGCUAUUGAGCCAUCUGGAUCAACCAAAACGAAUGGAAAUGAAUCAGAUGAACGCAACGGUGGACAGACAAAAGCUAGCCAUGAUACUACUGAGGCUUCGAAGUUCACAAAUGGUACCAAUGAUAUGGAAAUGAUGGUCAAUGGUCCAAAAAGUUCUGAACCGGCAGAAGCUGUACAAUUCGAGGAUUUUCAAGAAGAUCAAACCACUGAUAUUCCUUCACCGGCCAUCAUCACGUCUACUGCUCAAAUGGAUCGACCGCAAGAACCACCCCACGAAAGACGAAAGAGAGAACAUGAAGAAUACAAGAAAAAGAGAGAUGCGGAUCCAGCGUUUGUGCCGAACAGAGGAGCAUUCUUUAUGCACGAUCAUCGUCAUGCUGGACCUGCGGCAAAUGGUUUCCGGCCAUUUGGAAGGGGCAGAGGUGGUCGAGGCCGACCCGGUAUUGGAGGCCCAUAUGCACCUAUAAAUCAUAUCUCACAACCUCUGGAACCUACUGAUGUUCAAUGGGCACACGACAUGCACGAAGUAAUAACGGAACCCGUACCAGCAUCUACAAAUGGAGCUUCAAAUGGACCUCAAAGAGGUCCAGCACCAGCUCCAAAAUCUGCACCGCUCAAUCGAUCACUUUCGACUACGAAGCACAUUGGAAAUGUACCAAUCCGUGUAUUCUUUGCAGAUAUGGAGAAGCCUGUGGUAUUUCCUGGAACUCCAGUGAAGCAAUACACGCGUCUGCCUGAUCACCGACCACCACUUCGUCGAGAUAAACCAGUACGAAUAUCGUUACCUGAUCAUACACCACGUUACAUAUUCCCUGCCGUCGAUCGAUCAUUUAUAUUCAUCCCAAGAGCUAUGCGACCUAAUCAACAAGGAUUUGGUGGACGUGGCAGAGGAAGAGGUGGCCUUGGAUCUGUUGGUGGUUAUUCAAGACGUACAAGCGUGUUUGGUGGAAGCAUUUACGGAAGUACAUAUACCCCAAGUGUUGCCAUGAGUCGUCGCUCGUCUCUCGCACGGGAGGUCAAUCGAGAUGCGCUUAUCUCACCAAGCGGGUCAACUAUGUCUAGGCCACAGAUGUUGAUGGAUUCAUCAAGACCUGUUGUAAAAUUACCGCCGUCUAGUCAAGCUGUACAACCUCAACAAUUCCAGGCUCUCGAGUCUGGAGUGGUUAAUGGAUCUCCACAGAUCUCGUCUCUCAAUAAUGUUCCACAUCCUCAAACCUACCCACUUCCACAAAAACCAACGCUCCGGGAAAACCGUCCAAAUGUUAUUCCCAUGCAUCAACCUCGGCCUCAAAAGACGGUCUCUGUAGCCGAUAUCGAAUCACCCGCAUCCAUGUCAUUUAAUCCUCCCCAACAAACACAACAGCCAUUUCAUCAACAAGUUCCAAUUCAAAUAAAUGGCAACAGUUACUCGCACGAUAAUAUCCAACAUUCCCGACAACCAUCUUAUCCAAGUCAAGCUUCAACUGGUACACCAUUAUCACAAAUUCCAGAAAGAGCUAUUCACGCACCAGCUUUUCAACCCAAUCCUUAUCAACCGUCAGCUUCCAACUUUUAUCCUCAGACUUAUCCUGUUUUGCAGCCUCCUCAAGGAUACUAUUACCCUCAAACUUUUAAUUCACCUAUGGCCUCUGCAGCUGGUAUAGCUCCUUUCAUAUCCACACAACAACAACAGUCACAACAAACAUAUAAUCAACCAGCCCCACAGAGCGCCGAAAUCUCAUCAUCACAAGCACCUCAAAACCUGGUUGCUCAAGAAGUUAAUGGAAUGGUAUAUUAUUACGACGCCGCACAAAUCCCAGCUGUACCAAGUUUCACAGGCUAUCAGCAACCUCAACAAUUUCCCUUGCAACAAGUAGGGGGGGUAGUUGGCAUGGGCGGAAUGAUGACACCAAGUCCAGACGGCUUCUAUUAUCCGCAGCAACAAGGCGUGGUCUACUAUACACAAUAA